AUGACUCGCAAAAUCAAUGGCGCAAACGAAACCGAGCGCUUCCUCGAAGUGUAUGAAACCCUGCGCAAGGACAUUCUGUCCGAGCUACCAAAAUACAAUAUGCCUGUUGACGGUGCCAAACACGUUGAACAUGUGCUUGAUUAUAACAUUCGGGGAGGCAAAAUGAAUCGAGGUAUAAUGGUUCUGACAGCACUUGAAGCACUCAAACCUGGCAAACUGAGUGCAGAUGAGAUAUUCAAGGCUCAGACUUUGGGAUGGUGUAUUGAAUUUUUACAAGCCUUCUUCCUGAUCGCUGAUGACAUCAUGGAUGGAUCUAUUACACGUCGUGGGCAGCCUUGUUGGUACAAAGUGGAAAACGUUGGACUCAUGGCAAUCAACGAUGGAUUCAUUGUCGAGUCCGCCAUCUACCAGCUCCUGAGAAAGUAUUUCAAGAGUGAUGAUUGUUAUGGGGAUUUGUUGGAGUUGUUUCAUGAGGUCACCUAUCAGACCGAAUUGGGACAAUUGAUGGAUUUGAUUACUGCACCUGAAGAUCAUGUUGAUUUGAGCAAGUUUUCGAUUCAAAAGCAUGCAUGGAUAGUAGAGUACAAGACUGCGUAUUAUUCAUUCUAUUUGCCAAUUGCUGCAGCUAUGAGAAUGGCUGGUGUCAAGGAGGAAAAGGCAUACAAGCAGGCAUUGGAUGUCUUGAUUCCUCUUGGAGAGUACUUCCAAGUUCAGGAUGACUACUUGGACUGCUACGGCACACCCGAACAAAUCGGAAAAAUCGGAACCGACAUUCAAGACAACAAGUGCUCAUGGCUUAUCGUGCAAGCAUUGACUCGUGCGUCUCCUCAGCAACGAAAACUUUUGGAUGACAACUAUGGCAAAAAGAACGAGACAAACGUCGCAGUAGUCAAAUCCAUCUACCAAGAACUUGAAAUCGAUCAAGUCUUUCAAAAAUAUGAAGCUGCCUCCAAAAAGAGAAUUGAAGCGCUGAUUGCUAAAGUGGAUGGAGAGUUGUUGCCGAGGGAAAUGUUGACCAAGUUCUUGGAGCGUAUAUUUAAGUAG